GUGUGCGGCGGACUAUUUCCGGGAUUGCUGGUCCUGAUUGGUCACGGCGAUGACGGUCAGGCUCUCCUUCCGGGAGGACGUUUCCGGCGACUUCUGUAUCGUGAGGGUGAAGGGUUGCUGAAGAAAGUAACAAUGGCUGCCCGCAGAUUUACUCUGAAAGCAGUAGACUGGAUGGCAUUUGCUGAGCGAGUGCCUCCCAAUCAGAAGCCCAUGUUUAAUGCCCUGAAAACACGCAGUGAUGCUCUGGCAGCCAAGCUUGCUUCUUUGCCAGAGAAUCCCCCAGCUAUAGAUUGGGCUUUUUACAAGACAACAAUUGCUGAAAAGGGCAUGGUAGAUGAAUUUGAGAAAAAGUUUAAAGCAAUCAAGAUUCCUGAGCCUGUGGAUACCCAGUCAUCUAAGAUAGAUGCCCAAGAAAAAGAGGCUGACAAGAAUGCUGCUUCUUUCAUACAAGCCUCUAAGCAACGUGUUGUUGAGCAUGAGAAAGAGCUUCAGAAAAUUAGAAAUGUGAUUCCUUUUGAUCAGAUGACAAUGGAGGAUUUCCAAGAUGCAUUUCCUGCAUGUAGGCUGGACAAAGAAAAGUACCCAUAUUGGCCACACAAGCCUAUUGCCGAUUUGUAAGAGCUGUCUGUCUAAAAGAACUUUGCCAUAUCCAGCAACUCUAGAAUCCAUGGGAGCAUGUUAAAUAAAGUAAUUCUACAGGAA